GACAUAUAACACCACCGCAUUCAAUGGGCAAAAGACGGCCCUCCCCUCCUCGCAGGCGCGUUGGAUCCCGGCUGUGUAGGGGCGUGUCCGGGGCAUGCGUAGUGCCGCCGGGGUUGGACGCUCCCUCAGAGCGGCGGCGGCGGUUAACGGAGCUGAGUGCCGUGAGUAGGUUGUACGUCAAAGAAAACAUGGCAGAUCCUUGGCAAGAAUGUAUGGAUUAUGCAGUUACACUGGCAAAGAAAGCUGGGGAGAUAAUCCGUGGAGCACUCAAAGAAGAAAAAUCCAUUAUGAUUAAAAGUUCCCCAGUAGAUCUAGUGACUGAAACUGAUCAGAAAGUGGAAAACUUCAUUAUCUCCUUGAUAAAAGAAAAGUAUCCUUCUCACAGCUUUAUUGGAGAAGAAUCAGUUGCAGCUGGAGGGGGCAGCAUUUUGACGGAUAACCCCACGUGGAUUAUAGACCCUAUUGAUGGAACUACCAACUUCGUACACAGGUUUCCCUUUGUGGCAGUUUCAAUUGGCUUUGUUGUAAACAAAAAGAUAGAGUUUGGAAUUGUGUAUAGCUGUGUUGAAGACAAGAUGUACACUGCCAGAAAAGGAAAAGGGGCAUUUUGCAAUGGGCAGAAACUGAAAGUGUCAGGCCAAGAAGACAUUACAAAAUCCCUUCUAGUGACAGAAUUGGGAUCAAAUCGUGAUCCAGAGACUAUAAAAAUCGUUCUUUCUAACAUGGAAAGACUCCUCAGUAUUCCUAUUCAUGGGAUUAGAGCCGUUGGUACAGCAGCUGUGAACAUGUGCCUUGUGGCAGCGGGUGGAGCUGAUGCCUAUUAUGAAAUGGGGAUUCACUGCUGGGAUAUGGCAGGGGCUGGAAUCAUUAUCACUGAAGCAGGCGGUGUACUCCUGGAUGUAUCAGGCGGACCAUUUGAUUUGAUGUCUCGGAGAAUAAUUGCAGCAAGCAGUCGACCUAUUGCAGAGAGAAUAGCCAAAGCACUUCAGAUAAUUCCUCUGAAAAGAGAUGAUGCAACUGACUGAAUACCAAAGCUGCACCUUCAACAUAACAGUUACCUGAUGGUUCGCUGUCUCAUGUGGUGAUUGUUCUACACCUGGCACCUGAUUAAAAAAAAGAAAAUAGAUUGUGUUCUUGCAGUACUGGAUAGCUUAUGGUGUGACUGUGAAGUAGUGUUUUGAGAUUGGACCAAGAUCUAAGCAGGCUUUUAUUGUCAAAUAUUCUGUUUAGCAUUAAAAACACAUACUAUUCGCUUCCUUUUAUAGAUCUACAACUGCUGUUUUGAAGCUUUAUACUACACUGGAAGAUAUAGCAUAAAACCCUUUGUUUAGUUACAUAAUAACAAAACAGAUUCACCUGCUCAACACCACAUUAUUGCAUCUGACCAGAAGCUGAAGGCAAUACUGUUUAUCCAGUUGCUAAACUUUUUUCUCCUGCCUGUUGUUUCUCUUUCAGUGUCACUGGCACCCUUAACUUGUUAGGGUUUUUCUAGAAGUAGUUUGUGUAUUUCCAAUGUUACUUUUAGUUGCUUGUAGUUUGGGAUCUAAUUCAAAGCCUUCUUUAGUUACCUGUCUUUGGUUUUCUGGUCAUGGUUCUACCUUUUUUUACAUUAGAUAAACACACUUUUGCUUUUUAUGUGGCCAGUACUCUUGCAUAUUUAUUACACUUGCAGAAAUACUAAUUACUGUGCUGGGAAAACGUGGGUUUUUUUUUCCCAGGAAUAAGUUCUGAGCAUGCUUCCUCUUGACAGAUGGACUUGCUCCAAAUCAAGACUGAAGUAUGACUUAAAUUUGUCCUGUCAGUUGGAAUUAUCAGCUUGUAUGUAUUGGGUUCUCACUCAUUAUUUGGAACUGUAAUAACCAUUAAUCUUGUUGGAGUUUCUCCAUGGUGAAUUUAUUUCAGAACCUAAGGAAUAAUUAAAGUCUGAGCUGGCAAAAAAUAAGCCAGUAGUCCAGGCUUCUAACAUAAUUCUCUGUAAGUUAUAAAAGCAAUGGCUGACUGAGUUCAGCUUUCCAUUGUGUUAUGUUGUGUAUAGGCACAAAAGAAAACAUGUUUCUAAACCUGAAUGUUUAUAAAUCUAAGAAAUAACAGUAAUCUAAUGCAUUAAGUGUAUAGCUCUAAGCUUAUAAAACUAUACUGUUCUUUGCAUCUUUGUAUUUAAAAGUAUCAGUCUACUGAGCAAACAGUGAAUGCACUUUAAGAAAAAAACCUUAAUUUUGAUAAGUUUUCAACCUGAUUUUUCUGUGUCUGAGGUCUCCAAAAGAAGGUUGUCUUAUAGAGAUUGUUUAGUUAAAUGACAGCGGUAUUUUGGAAAACCUGACUUCUUGGUCUAUUCCAACUAUUUUUGUUUUGGACAGUGAUCUCUCUUGGAAGUUCCAGCAGAUCUCAUAUGUAAUUUUGAACCUUUAAUAUCAGUCGGUUUGGUUUUUUUGCAAAUUUGCUGAAACGUUGUAUUUGAAAUUGUGUCUAAUGCCAGAUGAUUGACAUUCAUGAUCAGCAGCUCCCGAUAUUCAUAGGUCUUUGUCAAGAAAUGAGACCUAAUUUUACUUCUCAAGUUGCCAUUUGACAUGGAUAGGAACUGUUUGGCUAUUCCACUGUAACUUUAUUGCUGUUAAUGAUUUGGGAUCAUUGUUAUUUCUCAAGUAUGACUGUUGUAUCAUUUCUCUGGCUUUUGUAGAACAAACCCCGCAUAACCUUCUUUUUUUAAAACUGAUUAAUUUGUGAAAUGGAGACAUAGAUUAAAAAAAAUAAUAAUGAGGUGA